AUCCCAUAUGAACAGAGGUCAAGGUCAUGGGUAAACUAUCCUGUACUAUGAAUUGCUCAUGUUCAGGUUAAAAUAUUAGAUCCUGCCAUCAUUGCAUUAUGGAUAAGGGAUCCUCUAUUUCUGCCUAGAAGACAAUUUUGACCUCACUUCCUGUUCAAAGUACACAACAGAAGUUAACGUAAAAAAACUGCUAGCUGGGCACUGUGCACUCGACCUUGUUUAAAACAAUAGUUAUAAGUAGAUGGAAUUGUGGAGAACCCGAGAACUAUAUCCUUCACCUGUCUCCAUACACCGUCUUUAUAUUGACGUUCAUAAAGGUGCGGAAUCCAUCACAUCGUGUGAGAAAUUCAAUGAGAAUUUCUUGAAGUACUACAUCAAGGCAUCUGACUCCACCGUUCCUGUCUCAAACUCUGUUUUGAUAUGCAAGAGUCUUUGGAAUCGCUUGUGAAUGUUCUAGAGUCGUACCGAGGAAGAGACAAAGUGAUAAGGACAAUAUGCUAUGGGUCUCAGUUGGUCGGUGGAGUCCUAACUCAGAAGACAGAGGGAUCUGCGCAACUUGGAAAGAGUCUGCUACUGUUCUCAGCCCAGUUAAGUCAGUGCAGAACUGUUCUCCGACUCUUCGAUGACCUCUCCAUGCUGGCUUACUCCCAUCGCUAUGGUUUAGGAGCUGGGGAAGAAGACCCUGGUCUACGCUGGAUGUCUGUGCUGAACAAUCUUGCUGACCAGCUUUACUACCCCUGCGAACACAUCGCAUGGGCCGCAGACACGGAGCUCAUUAAGGUCAAGUCUGAUAAGUGGUGGCUGUUCAGCACAGUGCUAUGGGGCACGUCUCUGCUUCUGGGAAUACUCAGGUCUGUAAGAGUCAUUAUGCUCCUGAAGAAAAAGCUCAGAAAAUGCGAGAGGGCCAGAGAAGUCGACCGCAGUGAGGGCAGUGUCCCCAGCCCAUCUCAGCUUCGGAGGAAGAUGAGAGCGGAAGUCCUCUGUGUCCUGAGCAGCAUGGCUGAUCUAAGCAACGCCAUUCAUUGGAUGCCCCCUGGAUUCCUUUGGGCUGGAAGCUUUCCUAAUUGGCUGGUGGGACUGAUGGGCACCACCUCCUCUUUGAUAGGUCUCAUCCAGAUGAGUGAUGGCAGUGCCUAGUCUCGUCCAUCAGAUUAAGUUAAUGUGACUUAAUUCAUGAUAAAAUCGUGCAGUGUGGGCUACUUGAUUAUUAGCAGUCAAUCCACAUACAUUACAUUAAUGGAAAGUACGAUUAGACAAAUAGAUAGCCAGUUG